AUGGCAUGCAAGGAUUUCCAAGCACGGACGCCACUGAGGCAGGUGGAAACAGUCAAUCAUCUGAUUUCUUUGAAGCCUUCCAUUUCUCCUCAGUAUAGGGCUGUAUUGUUACAGCGUGAAUCUUUGGCAUGAUAUCAGCGAUUGAGUCUUGGACAAGUCAAAUGA